AUGCAGUACGCGCCAUAUGCGUCCGAUAUCGAGUUGCCGUUCUAUACGGCACUCGCCUCACAUAAGAUCAACCACGAUAAGCUAGAUGACUCCGCCCGAUCCGUUCUGGGGCUCUAUGAGAUCCGCUCCACCGAUGCAGACAAUGCGAGCUGUCGGAUUCAGAUCCAUGGAAAUGCUCUGGUGACCACCGAAGCACCGGCGGCUUAUUACCGUGCAGAAGGUAUGAUCAAGAAUGUCAACACGAUCGAGGAUUAUCGCAACAUGGAUAAACCGCAAAUGAUUCUCCAGGCUGGGAAAACGAUCUGGGACGCCAUCAACGACGGUACCAUCUACUCCUGUCCGUCUUUGCUAUCGUCGUUCAUCAUUCUAUCCUUUGCCGAUUUGAAGAAAUAUAAGUUCUACUACUGGUUUGCAUUCCCUGCCAUCCACUCCGAUCCUUCCUGGGUCCCAGUGGCUUCGGCCGAAUCUCGUCAGGCCCAGGAUGCCAGUACACCUCUGGGCGAAUACCUCGCUUCUCAAGAUAGCGCCUGUUUGGUGGAUGCAGUGCAAACAUGGAGUUAUGGAGUCGAUAGUCGACAGCGUGGCUUUUUCUUAGCCCGAAAACUGCGCAGAACAUCUGGCAAUUCAUCUGGGAGCCCCUGGCGAAUUGCUGAGCUGUCGGAAUACGAGAAAGGCUUUUUCACAGGUGCAGCAUCCGAGGACCAGUAUGUCUGCUUCGCCGAUCCUUCCAAUUAUGAGAACGCGCCUGGCUGGAUGCUUCGCAAUCUGUUGGUUCUAGUAAAGCAGCGGUGGGGUCUGGAUCGGGUGCAGAUUCUACGGUAUCGCGACGUCCAAGCAAAGCGUGAUCAGGGUCGCAGCAUGGUGAUUCGUCUUGAGUCGAAGCCUGUCGGAGAUGAUGCAAGCCCGACUGCAAAAUCUCAGGAAACAACCAGCCAAAUGCCCAAAAUCACUGGCUGGGAGCGUAACCCAGCCGGAAAAUUGGCAGGGAGGAUCGUGAAUCUAACAGAAUAUAUGGAUCCUACGAGGCUGGCAGAUCAGUCGGUCGAUCUCAACCUCAAACUCAUGAAAUGGCGCAUCAGCCCGUCGCUGAAUCUCGAGAAGAUCAAGCAAACGAAAUGUCUUUUACUCGGGGCUGGCACUCUCGGGAGCUAUGUUGCCCGUAAUUUGUUGGGAUGGGGAGUGAAGAAAAUCACAUUCGUGGAUAAAGGCACUGUUUCAUUCUCUAACCCUGUCCGCCAGCCCCUCUUUACUUUUGCAGACUGCUUAAAUGGCGGUGCACCGAAAGCUCAUCGAGCAUCAGAGGCCCUGAAGGAGAUUUAUCCGGGGGUCGAGACAUCUGGACACCUUCUUUCGGUGCCCAUGGCUGGUCACCCGAUUAUUGACGAGGACGCGACGCGAGGAGAAUUCGAAGCUCUCCAGAAACUCAUUGACGAGCAUGAUGCCAUCUUCCUUCUUAUGGACACUCGAGAGUCGCGAUGGCUACCGACGGUGAUGGGCAAGGCAGCGGGGAAGAUUGUAAUGAAUGCGGCAUUGGGAUUCGAUUCUUUCGUUGUCAUGCGUCACGGAAUCUCCGAGACUGCAGAUGAACCGGCGGAUCUUGGAUGCUACUUCUGCAAUGACGUUGUAGCACCUGCCAACUCGAUCAAAGAUCAAACUCUCGAUCAACAAUGUACCGUCACUCGCCCAGGAGUUGCCGCAAUAGCCUCUGCGCUCCUCGUGGAACUUCUCGUCUCGAUCCUUCAGCAUCCACAGGGCGCCGCAGCACCAGCCCCAGUGACCCGCAGCGAUGAUCGAGGAGACCAUCCUCUGGGGCUUGUACCACAUCAAAUUCGAGGGUUCCUCGCAAACUUUGAAAAUAUCACCGUCACCGGCAAGAGCUACUCGUCCUGUAGCGCUUGUUCGGAUAAGGUGACCGAUGCAUACAAAGAACAAGGCUGGGGCUUUGUGCGAAAGGCCCUGAACGAGCGAGGGUACGUGGAGGAACUGAGCGGACUCAAGGAGGUCCAAGAGAAAGCCGAGGCAGCUUUGGCCGACGUUGAAUGGGACGAGGCCUCAGAUAAUGACGAGAUUGAGAUGCUGUGA